GGUCCUCUUUUGUUUUUUAACGUGCUCUGAAAAUGACUUCUGAAGUUGAGGAAGAUGAGACAAACGAACUUGUCAAUGUAAAAUCGCAACAAUCAGCUGAGGAAAAAUGGAGUGCCAUAUUUAGACGAAAACGACCAUCACCAUCUCUGAAUUCCAAUGCUCCACCGGAGAAGAAGGUGAAGAAGGAUCAAUGUGAUCCACACAUAUGUUUGCUUUGUUCACAAGAGUUGACAAGAGGAUCCAAGUCGUACAAACAAAGGCAUUGGGCAAGAAAACAUAGUGGAGAGAAAAGAAAUAAUAUGUCAGUCAUUGUGCCAGUAAAUCAUGUGAAGGCUCAAGCAUUGUUCAAACAAAAAAAGAUUUAACAAAGGGUAGAGCAGAUUGCAAAUGACGAGAAUGUUAAUACAGUCAAUACAGAUCUGUCAUCGUCAUGCACGUCCACGAUCACGUCCAUUUUUUUGGUCAUGAGGUAUAUGCGAAUGAGGAUGACAGCACUCAGACCAGUACUUCUUAUACUGGAAAUACGAAUGUUAUAUUUCCAAAUGUAUUGGUAACUAAGGAUAGCAACACAGCAGGGAAAAUACAAUCCACGGUAGCAGAUUUUUUUGACGAACAAGGAUCGCAAGAGAUUGAUGACGUAUCAAACAAUCCUAUUGCUAGAAUUGAGGAUGGUGUCAACCAAAUUCUAGUCAGAUUACAGGCAUUAAACAUGGAUGGUGCUGUUAGAAAAAGAUCAAACCAAAA